GUAGUAACCAGCCCCGAACAAAACGUGCAAGGCGAGCAACAGGUCCGACCAGGCGGGAUAAACAAGCAGUGGCUCUCACCUGCGGCGCGCCAAGGAAAAAAAAAUCCUGAAGUCCUGCGUGGGUCAGCCGCGGCGAGGCGAAGGUGUCAGGACCGCAACAGGCUGGACAUCUGGAAAUUCAGCUGAGAAUGAGCAGGGAGGCUGCUGAUAUCCAUUUUGUCUGUGAAGCUCGCGACAAGCCGCAUGAGGAGAACGAGGAGGAGAAGGAGGUGACAGAAGAUGAGGAGCCCAAAGCCUGCGGCGUGUGCGGCGAUCUGGCGAAGGGUUACCACUUCAACGCUCUGACAUGUGAAGGCUGUAAAGGCUUCUUUAGACGUGCCAUAAACAGGUCAACGCAGCUCCGAUGCCCGUUCCUGAAUAAAUGCAUCAUCACCAAAAACAACCGCCGCUCGUGUCAGGCCUGCCGUUUCAGAAAAUGCCAGGCCAUCGGGAUGCGGAAAGACAUGGUCAUGUCGGAGGAAGCGGUCUUGGAGCGAAGAAUCAGAAUAAAGAAGAAAAAGAUGUGCAACACGACCGCAGAGCUUUCGACCCAACAGGAACGGGUGGUUGAGGAGCUGCUCUGUGGCCUCCGCAGCACGUUUGACUCAACGUUUUCACGCUUCACCGGCUUUAGGCCCAUGGACAGAGAUGUGUUGACGGAGAACCAGCAGUCCAGACCCCAGACCAGCAGCCUGAUGAAGAGCUGGUGUACAACUGAAGUACAUGGAGAUGAUCCUUCAAAGUCCCCUUACCCCUGCUCCUUUUCCUCCGCCUCCUCCCCGUCUCUCUCUUCCUCCUCCACCCGCUCUUUCCUCCCCGGUUCCUCUGAAAAAGGUGAGGACAACGUUGGAGACAAGAACAGCAGCGUUUACACUAACCUCCCGCAUCUGGCUGACCUCACGACCUACAUGAUCCAGGACAUCAUCCGCUUUUCCAAAAGCCUCCAGGACUUCCGGUCACUAAGCAUCGAGGACCAGAUAUCUCUACUGAAGGGAGCCACGUUUGAAAUAAUGCAGAUUCGCUUCAACAUGGUGUUCAACACUACGACGAGCAACUGGGAAUGUGGCUGUAUUACAUACUGCAUACACGACGCAGUGCGAGGGGGUUUCCAGCCGCUCCUGCUUGAGCCCCUCUUCAAAUUUCAUCACAAUCUGCGCAAACUGGACCUGCAGGAGGAGGAGUACGCCCUCAUCCAGGCCAUAUCGCUGUUUUCUCCAGAUCGUCCUGGAGUGCAGCAUCACGCCGCCAUCGAUCGAGUUCAAGAAAACUUGGCAGAAACUCUGAAAGCCUGGAUCGACUGCAAGAAAAAAGGCCCAAACAAACACCUGCUGUAUCCCAAAAUGAUAGCCUGCCUCACGGAGAUGAGGACGAUGACGGAGGAGUACAGCAAGCAGAUUCUGCAGAUCCAAGACGUGCAGCCUGACACCAUCUCUCCGCUCAUCAUGGAGGUGGUCAGUAAAAACCCCUGCAACAACAUCUGAGGCCCAAAACUGGCCACUUCCAGCAUUCAGCUCUUAUUUAGCUGUUGGGGGUGGGGCGGGAACUGAAUGUGCCCUUUGAUUCGCUGCUAUGUAAAGCACACAGGAAACUUGAUGAAGCCAUCUGCUUUUUGCACAAUUUCAAAGCUUUUGCUGGGCAGAAGCGAGCUUUACAGACUCACUGAUUUGUUGCUUUCAGGUGCUUUUGUUGUGGCAUUUUGAGACAAUAUGAGUAUUGAUGUUUACGUUGAUUUUCACUGCACUCAGAACGGAGACUGCUCAGGAAGCCAAGGGAAACCUUCUUCUGAAAACAUUUAAACCGUCUCGCGUGUUACCUCAGGUUGUGUUCAGUUUUGUGUUUGUUGUGCUAUGUAAAACAGAAGUUUAACACUUAUUGUAAAUAGAACUGAAUAGUAAAGGUGCUUUUUGAAAUCUUUUAUUAUGUAGCCUGAUUAAGAUGUGUUAAUUUAUAUUAAGGCUCAGAAACCCCUCAAAAUCAGGCUGUCUGGUAAUAUAAAAUCAAUCUGAAGGAUUUCUCUCAGAUGAAAAAAAAAAACACAAUAAGAUUGCUGUGCUUUUUUUUUCCAGGACAUUGAUUUGUUUAAGCCACGAUAAGACAAUUAAGAUGCCAUUUAAAGGUUAAUGAAUGAAUCAAAGAGAAGUAAUAAUCAGGACAUAAAUGAAAUGUAUUAUCACACUGAGAUUUGUUGACUAAUUAAAUUGGGCAAAGAAAGCAGAAAUUAAAAAUGCCACACUGCUUCUACUCCACUGAUGAAAAAGACAGACUUUAGGUACUGAGCUUUCAAAAUAUGAUCUAAACUGAUUAAAGAGUUAAAGUUAUCAUGGGUUUAUCUGAUUUUGAGUUCUAAUGUCAUGGUACUUUGAUCUGCGUUGGAUUCAAAAUCAAAAUGCUCUUAAAGGAAGUGGUGGCUCAACAAUUCCUAUGCAGACGAAAAAAUGGACACUUGUUCAUCUUUACACAAUAGACAAACAUAAACUAGAUUAAGAUGCAACCUCAAACAUCUAAUGUAACCAAAUCUCACAGAUUGAUCAGGCUUUAUGUGUUCCAGGGUUCAGACGGUCUGAACACAGCACAGCUCAGGAACACACUUCUGGGUAUGGAGCGAUCAGGAGGUGCUGGUCAGCCAAUCACAGGCAGAAUCUGGGUUACAAAGACAACAUAUUUUCCUUUUAAAAUAGAAAACAAAACAUCCAGGGACAGAGUAAGUUUCUGCAACAUCAACAAACUGUCAUUUCAGACAUUAGGCUUUGUGCACUUAACAAAAACUCUGCAGCAAUAAAUACAUUAAGCUUGAUAAGAGAUUUAAAAAUCACAAAAUCUUUGUCUUUUACAUUCACCAAGCUCCACUUUUUAAUUAAUGCAGUUGUUUCCCUAAAAUAUGAAAACUCUUCUUUUAUUUUACUCCAUUAUCCCACAUCAAUUAACAUUUAUUUCAGUAAAGCACCCAUGCAGAAAACAAAAUCUAACUGCAUGUUCUAAAUGGGGGAAAAUGUAGCGCCACCUGUUGGACAAAUGUAAAAAUACCUGGGGAUGAAGAACCACAGCCGAAUCCUACGAACCCCUUCUAAAAGCGCCAAUGUCUGUCUAUAAAGCUCAAAAAAGUCCAUUUUGCUUGGUAUAAAUUAUUAAAAUAUAGUGUUGUUAUUCCCUCAUCAAAAACAUACAAAACACAUUUUCUUUCAUAUAUCUUAUGUCUCCUACUAAAAAAUAUGCUAAUUUAGUCAAGUUCCACAUAAGUCUGCAAGUUUUAAUUGAAUAGACAGGAGUCUGCUGUAAGAGUAUUGAUUUAUGCUGAGAAAUAUGAAAUUAAAUAUUAACAUUAAAAAUGCGAUUUUCAAUAUUACAAUUUUCAUGUGCAAAUUGUUUUAAUGCGUUGUUUAAAUUAUUUAUUUAAUCCUCCUGUAGUCUUAUCUUAAGGGUCCCAUCAGACAAUCAGUUCCCAAAGCCAUGAAAAAGGAGAACCUUGUAAAAGCGCACACGGGGUCCUUGUGACCCCGCACAAAGUUAAAAAAAAACAACUCAUGGGAUCCAAAUGACCCCAUCUCCUUUUACCUUAACCAGCGGGUAGGUUAAGGUAUUAGAGUGCGAAGAGAAAAAUAAUUUUGAAAUUCAGGGAUAUUCAACACAACCUAAAACAUUUGAUUAAAAGCAAAAGGGCACAAAAUGUCUUUGGGAUUUCUUCAGAGUUGAGGGACAUUUAUACAAAACCACUUGGUUUCUCCAUGUAUUGAUUGAUUUUUUUAUGUGUCUUGGUAUAAAGCUAUGGAAUUUGUUCAUGCCUUCUCCUGGCUGAUGCCUUUGCAAACCUAUUUCAAAUUCACUUAAACUUACUUUCUAGUUAAUUAGACUUAUAUCUGAGGACAAUGAAAAAACAAUGACCAAGUCCUUUAACUCCAUCAAAAGGUUAUUGAGUUAAGUAACAGAUUUUUGUGUUUCAGUUGAAUUGUUCAUGACAUAUCAGACAUUAAAGGUUCCAGUUUCAAGCUUUCCGAUCAGGUCGACUGUAGGUGGCAGCAAACCUUCUUGAAUUAGGAAUAUAACAUCUUUAGACUCUGAGAUUACAUUUAUUUUUGCACUUAAAUUAUUGUCUUCUGUUUCACAUCAGUAUUUUUUCACACAAAUGCAGCAACGGUUGUAGCCGUACUUUCUGGAUGGGUUCUCCCGUAGUUGCCUUAAAUGAUCUUUCUUAUCAUAAAAUAAUUCAGAUUAUCCAGUUCAUUUUACUGGUUGUGCCAGAAACACACAGCUAACACUAAAAGGAAAACCAGGCAGACAAAUUCCUUGAUCAUUUCCAGGCUAUCCUACUCUUUAUUUGUUGCAAAUUACAGUACCAGGGAACUAUUCCUCGGAGCACGCAGAGGGAAUAUUUACAGAGGCGCAACAUUUAGCAUACCUUCACAGAAACAAAAGGAAAAAUCAAAACAAAAAAAAAUUCAGUCACAAACAGAGGCAUUCAAGUAGUAGUACUGUUAUACAGGAUGUAUUUGUUGUAUUUUUUUCUUUUACUCUGUUUCUGUUUCUUUUACCCCAGUUAGCAUAUGACCAGUAUAUAUGCUAGUAUGACUUAUUAUACUAGUAGAUAUACUUUUUUUUCUGUUUUUGGUAACCAUUUUGUUUUUAUUGAACUGGGUGUCGAGGGUUGGGGUACAGUGGUCAAACCUCCUGGUGGAGGGAAGCAACACGUUCAUGAAUGCAAAAUUACAGCAAGCAGGAGACGUGGGAGAUAGGCUACAUGACUCGAACCCCCCCCCCUUAGGUGCUACUGAGUCCUACCCCAACCCUCUCUGUCUA